AUGCUGUCAAUGCGAUCGGUGACGUGGACUUGCCUUCUGAUGCAGUUGGUGAUGUCAGUCGCUUGUCUAGUUGCGUCGAUGGCCGUCAUCGCCGCUAAACUUCAGUCGGUAUCCGUCUACGAAGACAAACAACAUGUCAGCAUCGAAUGGUGGGCAUUUUCAUGCAUGAGUUUUGCAAUGAUUCUCGCCACUAUGAUUUCUAUGUUGGGCCUAUCAGACAAUAAGAAGUCGCUUCUCAUGCCUCAUCUUUUUGUAUUGGUUAGCUUUUUUUUAUUCAUUUAUCCAGUUUUUUUAAUCUAUUUCCUCUCGCAAAGCAAGGCGAGGAGGGCACAGGCACCGUUCAAUAAUACGCAAAAAGUUUUUAGUUCGAAUCCACACGAAGUCAACUAA